GCGCGCUUGUGCGAGGUCACCCUAGAGGAGGACGAGGGCGGGGAAAGGAUUGCCCUGCCGGACGGGGAGAGGAAAGCAGAGGAGCUAGAGGUCCUCCAGAGCAUGCAUCCCGAUUUGGUCAAGAACGACCAGGGGACGGAAUACGCCCUUCCUAUUCCCGGCUCGCCUCUCCAACUGUGCGUCCUUCUCCCAUCCGAGCAUCCCUACCCUUCGGAGGGCAAUACAAGACUGCCGCCGUCCUAUGUCGCUCCGUCUUCUUCCUCCUCCGACCUGGGCGAGAACGAGAACGAGAGGGAGAUAACAGCAUGGGACCGCUUAGGACUCACGCAGUCCGUUUGUCUCGUAGCGCGUUCCGAAUGGACCGAGUUCCUGACGGAGGGACAGGGGAUAGUGAGCUUGAUGGUCGACUGGCUAGAGGCGAACUGGGCAGAAGAAGUCAAGAGUACCGAUCCUGGUGCGCUUGUGGAACUCUUGCUCCCCGAGCCUACGCAGUUCCUGCCUCCGAAACCUGUCGAGCUGGCCAAGGUCGUGAUGGACAAGCGACUCCCGCGCACUGCAAGAAGUAGGAAGCUGGACGACGGGAAGGAGAGAGAGCUGUUCAUGAAGCUGAGGGAAGGGAGGGAAUACAAGGAGAUGGAGUCGCAGAGGCGAAAACUGCCGGCAUGGGAUAUGCAAGACCAGGUCGUAGACGUGAUUGCGAAGAACAAGGUUACGAUUAUUGUAGGAGAAACUGGAUGCGGGAAGACGACGCAACUGCCCCAGUUUAUCCUCGAUGCUUCCCUCUGCUCUUCCUCCCCUUCAGACGAACCCAUUUCCGUGCUUAUCACCCAGCCCCGCAGGCUCUCUGCGCUGGGUGUCGCAGGCCGCGUCGCGAGUGAACGGUGCGAACCACGUCCGGGCGUUGGCACCGUCGGGUACGCAAUACGUGGCGAGAGCCGGGCGUGUGACAGGACGAGACUCUUAUUUGUCACCACGGGUGUAGCGUUGCGAAUGCUCACGAAUGAUGAAGGACUGCAAGGAUUUACCCAUAUUGUAGUGGACGAGGUUCAUGAGCGUUCCGUCGACUCAGACUUCCUGCUAUUAGAGCUGAAGGAAAUGCUCCAGCGAGGUGCGAAGAUCAAAGUCGUGCUCAUGUCAGCGACGAUCAACCAGGAAGUCUUUGUGAAGUACUUCAACAACGCCCCAGUUAUUACCAUACCUGGAUUCACGCAUCCUGUUACAGACCGGUACUUGGAAGACAUCAUACCUCACAUCACGUAUAGACCGCCCUUUGCAAAGCCCAAGACCAAACAGUCAGACGAGCAGCUGAAAGCAUACCGUAUGCCAUACGUCGAGAUGGGAUUAGACGAAGAUCAGAUCCGUGCUCUCGAGAGUAUAUCACGUACCGAUCGCAUCGAUUAUCAGCUCGUUGCCGCGGUUGUCGAACACAUUGUUCAUACAUCACCUAAUGAAGGCGCAAUCCUCAUCUUCAUGCCGGGAGUGGCAGAGAUCAAGCAAUGCAUCACCUCACUGAAUUCUAUCAGACCAGCCCUCAUCCUUCCACUUCAUGCCAACCUCAGUCCGGCUGAGCAGAAGCUCGUUUUCCCUUCUCCACCGAAGGGGCACAGGAAGAUCGUUGUAGCCACGAACGUCGCCGAGACAUCCAUCACAAUCCCAGACAUUGUACAUGUGGUAGAUGCUGGAAGAGUGAAGGAGAACGAGUACGAUGCCGAGUCAAGCUUGUCCCGCUUAGUGGAGAGCUGGGUGCCGAAGGCGGGCGCGCGGCAGCGUCGUGGUCGAGCUGGAAGAACACAGAAGGGAGACUGCUGGAAAAUUUACACACGGCGGAUGGAACAGGACUACAUGCCCGCGUUCUCCGUUCCCGAGAUGCUGCGGGUGCCGCUAGAGCGACUGUCUUUGCAGGUCAAAGUCACGAAAGAAGAUGAGGACGUGAAGUCAUUCUUGUUGAGAGCUAUUAGUCCACCCAAGAUAUCAGCAUUAGACCAGGCCUGGGUGGUGCUACGUGAGAUAGGCGCGAUUGAUACACACGACAAUCUCACCGCUCUAGGCCGUCAUCUCGCACUCCUACCAAUGGACUUGCGAUUAGCCAAGAUGCUUAUACUUGCAGCAAUCUUUCGCUGUCUUGACCCGAUCCUAACUGUUGUCGCAUGUCUCUCCUCUAAACCGCUGUUCAAUAAUCCAAUGGAGCAACGGGACGAAGCCAAAUUGGCGCGACAGAGGUUUGUUACUGCCAACAGUGACUUGUUGACGGAUGCCAAUGCGUAUGCCAAAUGUCGUGAUCAGAAGGGCCAGAGCCAGAUACGAUCGUUUUGUGAAGCGAACUUCAUCUCGGCCUCGACAGUGCGGGACAUCACCUCCCUCCGACAAGACUUCCACUCGACGCUGUCUGACAUUGGCUUUGUUCCUUUCUCCUCUUCUCCCACUUCUUCCUUCCUUAACACCAAUUCGAUGAACCCCAACCUGCUAAAGUCCAUUAUUCUUGCAGGUCUCUGGUCACGUGUCGCUCGCAUUACCCUCCCCAAAGCCUCCUUCGAGCGCGUUCAGAGCGGUACAAUCCAAAAGGCUCACGAAGCGAAAGAUCUCAAGUUCUUCGACUCGCGAGGGGCGCGCGUCUUCCUCCACCCCCAAUCGGCCCUGUUCUCUCAAACAACAUUCCGCAGUCCGUAUGUCACGUACUUCUCGAAGGCAGAGACGAGCAAAGUGUUCUUGCGGGAUGCCACGGAGGUGCCGCUCUAUGGCAUCCUUCUCUUUGGCGGGGAAGUGGUGAACGAUCCCCUUCAUGGCGGUCUCACCGUAGAUAGAUGGGUUAAGAUGAAAGCAUGGACGAGGAUUGGAGUAUUGGUUAACCAUUUACGACGAUGCCUCGACGGUCUCUUGGCGAGAGUGAUAGAGGAUGCUACGCUGCCCGACCUGUCGCAAGACCCGGUGUGUCUGGCGAUGUUGGCGCUGUUGGAGCGGGACGGCCUCGGGACGGAAAGUAUAUAG